AUGACGAAUCCCGACAAACAGAAUCCGGUCGAAGCCGACGUCGAGGCAGCGCCGGCGGCGAAGACGGAGACGACGCAGGGAUCCGGAACGUCGUCGUUUUCUGCGAUUACUCAGAGAUGGAAGAGGGAGGAUUUGGUAAAGAAAGCGUCUCCGAUCGCGAGAGGGUUGUGUCUUCUGUUCUCUCUCCUCGCUUUCAUCAUCAUGGUCUCUAACAAACAUGGAUACGGUAGAAACUUCGACGACUACGAAGAGUACAAAUAUGUUUUAGCUAUUGCGAUCAUCUCGACGGUGUACACUGCGUGGCAAACGUUUGUACAUCUCUCGAAGAGAGAGUUCUUUGAUCGCCGGACUUCCAUGUUGGUCGAUUUUUCCGGUGAUCAGAUUGUGGCUUAUCUUCUCAUAUCAGCUGCAUCGUCUGCGAUACCAUUGACCAACAGAUUCAGAGAAGGUCAAGAUAACAUAUUCACUGAUUCUGCUGCUUCAGCAAUCAGCAUGACUGUCUUCGCCUUCGUCUCUCUAGCUCUCUCUGGUCUCUUCUCCGGUUACAAACUCUCCACUCAUUCUUUUAUCUGAAUCUGGUUAUAAACCUAAUUAUGUGCUUUUCAAUCGUUUUUUUAUACCGUGUUGA